UUCAUUCAGUGAAACAUGCUUCAGAAAAGAGCUGCAGCUCUGCUAUCCGUACAGGAUAUAUUCCAGUCUGCGUCUCGUACUGAGCCAGCGAAUGUAUCCCCCACCCCACCCCCGUCUCUCUCGGAUAAAGGAGAGCCAAUAGUUCAGUGCACUCUCAGCUCGCAGACAGAGGGUGUGGAGAAAGAAUUGGUGAAGAGAAAAAAGAAAAUGGAGAAUAAGAAAGAAUUAGAAACUUCUGAAGACCAGGAAGUUGGCGUGGACGACUUGAAGCGUCUGUACAAAGGGUCCGUGUUUGGUGCUGGCUUACUGGUACAGAAGAAGUUAGAAGGUUCAGAAGACAAACACACAGGGGAGGAAGGGGAGGAAGUCAAGCUGACCAGGAAAAUGAAGAAAGCCCUGCGGAAGGAAAAGAUGGAGAAUGAGAGAAAGGGUCUGUCCAAAAGUAAGAAGAGAAAUUUGAAAAAGGCCUUGCAAAGGAGGAAGAAGCAGAUGGAGAAGAAAGCUAAGAUGAGGGAGGAGGAGCAACAAGAGAAGGAAGAAGAUGAAGAGGAAGAAGAUGAGGAAGAAAAUGAGGAGGAAGAAGAGAAGGAAGAAGAGAGUGAGGAGGAGGAGGAGGAACAGAAAGAGGAGGAAGCUAUGACUCUUGAGGGAGAGCUGCUGAAAAUGUACAGGCAUCGCAAGGCAUUGAGGGAUUCACGGUGUCUCUGUAUCACACUGGACAACAGUAGGGUCAAAAUCAACUUCCCAGAUGCUGUAUCUGUUCGAUUUAAGAUGAUCGGGAUGGUACGGAUGUGCUUUGUGGAGUAUCGGUCAGCAAUGGAAGCAGAUUUGAAGAAAUAUGAAAUCAAGCGAAUGGAAGGCAUCAAUUCUGUGCAAUUUGCGGGCUCAGAUAAAGCAGAGAACAAGCCUGUAGUUGUGAAUCCAUAUCAAUUGUAUGUAGAAGGAUUACCAUUGGACCCACAGAGAGAAGAUUUGGAAAAUCUGUUCCCGACGGCUUCAAAGAUCUUGCGCAGAAAGAGAGAAAGUUUUGCAAAUAUAGUAUAUGAAGACAAGGCAGAAGCAGAGAAGGUCUUCCGAGAAUCUGGUGUUGUUACCAUGCGGGGAUCAAAGCUGACUGUGCUUUAUAGCAGCAAAAAGAAGUCACAGGUCACGAAGAAAAACAGUGUACGACAUGACAUAUACAAGAGAAAGGUUGAGGACUACAAGCGGAAAAUGACCAGAAAGCUUCGGCAGUCAAACACGGAAUAGAGAAUGUACCAGGGAUUUACUUUAAAGUGUUUUCAUGUUUUUUUUUUAUGGUGCUAUACCAGGGAUUUAUGUUAGAGAGUUUUCAUCUUUUUUUUUUUGUAUGAUCAUGUGUUUGACAUUCCUGUAAGGGGGAGUAAAUGUAACAUGAAAAUGUGAAAUGGAAGUGUAUCGGCAGGUGAAAGGAGUUGUUCUUUAACAUCUAUAUAAAUACAGUUAAGGAA